GUAUCGGUUUUUCUGUUUGGAAAGAUCUGCCGUAAUGCCUGAUCCGUCCAAAUCAGCUCCGGCACCCAAGAAGGGUUCUAAGAAGGCCGUCACGAAGGCGCAGAAAAAGGAUGGCAAAAAGCGAAAGCGCAGUCGGAAGGAGAGUUAUUCCAUCUACGUGUACAAGGUGUUAAAGCAGGUGCACCCGGACACCGGUAUUUCUUCCAAGGCUAUGGGUAUUAUGAACUCGUUCGUCAACGACAUCUUCGAGCGUAUUGCUAGCGAGGCCUCUCGUUUGGCGCAUUACAACAAGCGGUCUACCAUCACGUCCCGGGAGGUGCAGACGGCCGUGCGCCUGCUGUUGCCCGGUGAGCUAGCCAAACACGCCGUGUCCGAAGGUACCAAAGCCGUCACGAAGUAUACCAGCUCCAAGUGAGGCACGCCCCGGUUCCCGGGAACCCAAAGGCUCUUUUCAGAGCCACCCACAAGAUCGAGAAAGGGUUUCGAACACGUGAAGGGUUAUGUAAACGCAUCCGAUGUGUGCUCCUUAGCGGUUCUUUGGUUAUUGGGAGGACGUUCUCGUUCUCUCCGCUGUGCGCGCGUGUGUAUGGGAGCGGAAUGGGAGAAUAUCUGCUUUUUACGGAGAUCGGGUAUGGAAUGGCGACCCAAAAUAACAAUGUGGGAGGCAAUCAGAAACUCGGUGUCCACCCUCGCCUUCGCUCAAGGUUAUUGACGCUUCACUAAACAAAGUAGGAACCCUGAACUCAAGUGUCCUUAGUGUGUGGAGAGUGCCAUUCCCGGGGCUUGCGGGCAUGGACUCCAUGUCUAGUUUUUUGUGUUCGUGUGGUGUGAGCCUGUGGGUAAGGAACGCAGGUCACCUGCCCCCAGUGGGACCUCGUGCCAGUCCCUCCACCUCCGUGUCCCCGAUGGGUGAACCCGAAGGACGCAGUUGGUGAGGCCCUGGGGGUUGUCGCGCAGCUCUGGCGGUGGCGCCUGGCGCUGCAUCCCUGCCUAAACCAGACACCUUUAU